GAUUGAUUGCUCUCUUCCACACAAACGCGGGAUUCCCCGCUGUGAUGACGGCGGUGGUGCCUUUCCUCUUCAUCUGCACCGCCUUCAUUGCCGUCUCCCUCGUCCCCUCCAAGAACGCUGACCACAGGGUGCUUCCCUCGUGACGACGCGCUUCAUUUGAGAGGACGACGACGACGACGACGACGCCUCUCUCCAGGUUUCUCUCUGGCGCCGUCCCUCUCCACGCGAAUUGGAUAUCCGGUUCAUAGUCGGAUCAGAUCUGGAAUAUCGGAAUUUUGAGACGAACGAGCGCCAAUUGGAUCCAAGUUGGGUCCAAGUUGGAUCAAAUAUGAUCCGUGGAGUCCGAUCCGUUUUGCAGGUGUAGCCCCAGGUGCCUUCUAUGGAGCUCUCAUUUCUGACCAUGUCCUUCGCUUCGUCGCCUCGUCGGCUGUCCCUCUCGUUGCUCUUCUCUUUCCUCCCUCGUUCCUUUCCCCAAGGCUAGAAAGUUCAACUCGUUUCGAUCGCGAGGGCGUCUCCGCCAUCUCCCUUGCUCCAAUUUAUCCGUCUUCUCCCAUCCUUAAAUGGUAGUUGACAUCUAUCAUAAUCGGUCUUCAUAGAUCUUUCUUCCCCUCCCAACAGUUUUUGAUACACGAGAAUGGGGAAGAUCCGAACUUUGGCGGCGAUCCUGUCAAUUCUCUUCGUUUUGGUUGCAUCUGUUGCUUCAUCUCGUCUUCUACUCGACGAUGACAAGGUUUCACCAUCUCCGACUCCAAAUCCGGUUACUUCAACAAAAAACAAUCUUUCUAAAUCGAGCCAGAAGCCUCCAGCAAACCCUAGCAACUCAGCUGAUCCUGGUAGUUCUACAUAUCCACCACCUAUCAAUUCUACUCCCGGAGAGCAAACCAAGAAAAAUAAUGGUCCCGGAGGAAAUCCAAAUAAUUCUACAACUCGUACUGAUACAACAAGCAAGGAAGAUCCUGCUAAAUCUGGAAGCCCUACCUCUCAAAGCAAAGAGGACAAAGAGGAAAGUGGGAGGCCGACUAAGCCGGAAAUUAAUUCUGUGGUGAAGGAAACAUGCGAUUCACAAUCUACUCGAUGCUCUUAUGAAAAGUUGGUUGCUUGUCUUCGUCGUUCUGAAAAUGAUUCAAAGAAUUUGUCUCUUUUAGUCCAGAAUACUGGGGAUGAUGCUCUAAGUGUGAAAAUUUGGGGAACACCUGCUUUGCAUAUUGAUAUUGAUAUGGUAGCCCUACUCAAAAACAGCUCCAAGAAGAUCUAUCUUCCAAGUAACGAUUGGAAUGUCACAGAGAUUGUCCUAAGUGCAGGAAAAGGGCAUUGCACUAUUCACAUUGCAACAUCUGUACCUGACUGGAACUUAUUCCAGCAAUUCCCUAGUUAUGCAACCCGUCUGACCCCAAUUUAUGGGGCUUACUUUUUGCUUGUUGCCGUGGUUCUUGUUGGUGGAACAUGGGCUUGUUGCAGAUUUAGGAAGAGAGGAAAGAGGGAUGAUUCUGGAAUCCCAUACCAGCAACUUGAAAUGGGAGUGCAGCCACAGUCCGGUUCAGCAGUUGACUCAAAUGCUGUGGAUGGUUGGGAUGACUGGGAUGAGGAUUGGGAUGAUGAAGCAGCGACAAAGCCUUCAGAGAAACACACUUCUACCAGUGUGUCCUCAAAUGGUCUCACUUCAAGGACUCCAAAGAAAGAUGGCUGGGAUGCCGAUUGGGAUGACUAGGCCUUUAACAAGGUAGAAAGUGGAAGUUGUCCAAGAAUGAAGAACAAAUGAUCUUUAGAAAAUGACGGUACAGCUUACAAUACCAUGAUAGCAUCUGGUGGAAUGUGCAUGAGCAUAGCUAAAGCCUGCGGUGUUUAAAAUGUUCAGGUAGCUUCUCGGAGGAUGAAAGUGAUCUCACAUUUGUAAAAUUUUACGCUAUAUUCAGUUUGCACUCCAUAUUCUUUUGGUUCGUAGCUAUACGUGUUAGUGUGGACUAGUGUGACUUUGGAUGGAAGCAUAAAUUUAGACAGUACACAAGUGUAGAAAUCUGUUUGAAGAAAAAACCUCUUCAAUAACAGCAAUUUCAUUACCGGAGGAUGUUUUGUCAAUACAGAAGGAUCCAACUCUCAGUUUGUAAUAUGUCUCCAACCGGUGGAAGUGUUUUUGCCGCAAUACUUUGCCAUUAUAAUUUUCCUUGUGUAAUUUGUGCUUCUCUUUAGAUUUGAAAUCAAGCAGGGAAAAUGUUGGUGUUUA